CCCCCCGGCUCAGCCCCCCGCGCGUCCCCGGCGCCCCUCCGGCUUCCCCACCCUCGGCCCCGGCGUCAUGUCUUGGGCCGCUCGUCCGCCCUUCCUCCCGCCGCGGCAUGCCGCGGGGCAGUGUGGGCCGGUGGGGGUGAGAAAAGAGAUGCAUUGUGGGGUCGCGUCCCGGUGGCGGCGGCGGCGGCCCUGGCUGGAUCCCGCGGCGGCGGCGGCGGCCGGACAGCAGCCAACCCCGGAGCCGGAGCCGGAGCCCGGGGAGGCUGGCCGGGACGGGAUGGGCGACAGCGGGCGGGAUUCGCGAAGCCCAGACAGCUCGUCCCCAAAUCCCCUCUCCCAGGGGAUCCCUCCCUCCCCUCCUCCUGGCCCACCUCUUACCCCAUCAGCGCCUCCACCUCCAAUGCCACCCCCUCCACUGGGCUCCCCCUUCCCAGUCAUCAGUUCUUCCAUGGGGUCCCCUGGUCUGCCCCCUCCGGCUCCCCCAGGAUUCUCCGGGCCUGUCAGCAGUCCUCAGAUUAACUCCACAGUGUCGCUCCCUGGGGGUGGGGCUGGCCCCCCAGAAGAUGUGAAGCCACCAGUCUUAGGGGUCCGGGGCCUGCACUGUCCACCCCCUCCAGGAGGCCCCGGGGCUGGCAAACGUCUAUGUGCAAUCUGCGGGGACCGAAGCUCAGGCAAGCACUACGGGGUUUACAGCUGCGAGGGCUGCAAGGGUUUCUUCAAACGCACCAUCCGGAAGGACCUGACCUACUCAUGUCGCGAUAACAAAGACUGUACAGUGGACAAGCGCCAGCGGAACCGCUGUCAGUACUGUCGCUAUCAGAAGUGCCUGGCCACUGGCAUGAAAAGGGAGGCUGUACAGGAGGAGCGUCAGCGGGGAAAGGACAAAGAUGGGGACGGGGAUGGGGCUGGGGGCGCCCCUGAGGAGAUGCCAGUGGACAGGAUCCUGGAGGCAGAGCUUGCUGUGGAGCAGAAGAGCGACCAAGGCGUGGAGGGUCCUGGGGGCACCGGGGGCGGCGGCAGCAGCCCAAAUGACCCAGUGACUAACAUCUGUCAGGCAGCUGACAAACAGCUGUUUACGCUCGUUGAGUGGGCAAAGAGGAUCCCACACUUCUCCUCCCUACCUCUGGAUGACCAGGUCAUACUGCUUCGAGCAGGCUGGAAUGAGCUUCUCAUUGCAUCCUUCUCCCAUCGGUCCAUUGAUGUCCGAGACGGCAUCCUCCUGGCCACAGGUCUUCACGUGCACAGAAACUCAGCCCAUUCCGCAGGCGUGGGAGCCAUCUUUGAUCGGUCCCUCUCCAGGGUGCUGACAGAGCUAGUGUCCAAAAUGCGGGACAUGAGGAUGGACAAGACAGAGCUUGGCUGCCUGCGGGCAAUCAUUCUGUUUAAUCCAGAUGCCAAGGGUCUCUCCAACCCUGCAGAGGUGGAGGUUCUGCGGGAGAAGGUGUACGCGUCCCUGGAGACCUACUGCAAGCAGAAGUACCCCGAGCAGCAGGGCCGGUUUGCCAAGCUGCUGCUACGUCUUCCUGCCCUCCGCUCCAUUGGCCUCAAGUGUCUGGAGCACCUGUUCUUCUUCAAGCUCAUUGGCGACACCCCCAUUGACACCUUCCUCAUGGAGAUGCUGGAGGCUCCCCACCAGCUGGCCUGAACCCACACUCGGGCACUCGUGUGCUUCUCAGCAGUGGGGUGGGAGGGGCCGAGGGCCCAGCCAGAGCCGUGGUGCAGAGCAGGAGGGACUUCCCCAGCCUGCAGGGGUUGGGCAGCACUUUCAGGGCUUGCGUGGUCUCCAAGUCAGAGGGGACCCCAGACCCUGUGCCGACUACGUGUCUACCUUCAGUGGCCUUGAGUCUCUGAAUUUGCCGGGGUCUCCCAUGAUAUGGGUGAUUUGUCAUCCUGGCUCCCCAGCACAAAGCACUGGCCCUGUCCCGGGACCCUGCUCCCCUUUCUUCCUGCCUCACUCUUUCUGAAGAGUGGAAUGGAGCUCCCCCAGAAAGGGGUAUUGUGGGGCAGGCCCCCAAGCUGAUGGUCGUGGGAGCAGGGCUCUGACAGCCCUUCAUCCUCCCAGACUUGGCAGAAGGGGCAGGUCAGCGGUCUGCCUGUCUCCUGUCAGCCCCUCCUGCAGUUGGACUGAAGAGUAAAGGGGGGUAGUGGACAAGGGGGACGGGACCCACUGCUAUUUUUAAUUUCCUGUGAGGAGAGACGGCGAGUUAGACUCAAAGAAGUACUGUACAUCCCCAGGUUGGCUCAAAUGCCAAGGCUGGGGGUGGCGUGGGCAAGGAGGCAAGGCAGUCAGUCCCUGGCGCUCUGCGGGGCUCUGCCUUGCUCAUCCCGAGAGGUCUGUGCUGUGAGGGGGCGGCUGGGUGGCUCUUUACAGCUGCUCCCUAGCCCUUCCGCACACAGGCUGGGAACAGGAUUGCUGGGGCAUGGCCAGCUGCAGAGAUGGGUGCUGGGCUGCAUGGGUUUCGCCCUGGAUCUCUCUUUUUUUUUGGGGGGGGGGGGGGUUAUCCCCUCCCUCUCUUUCACUCGCACAUAAAAUCGCUUUCCAG